AUGGGUGUGAGGCAACUUGCAGAGGGUGAUGAACGCUGAAUCAGGAUAUAUAUGUAUUCACACAGAAAUCUGGAUCUUAUUGGUUACCUAUCCUAUUCUCCUCAGGAAACACAAGACAAGCAGCUAAUAGGGAAAAUUGUCAUUCCUGGUACUUUGCAGUCCAACGGGUGUUCGGGGAAGCGGAUGACAACUGAAGAUAUCCUUGAAUUUACAGAUCUUCUUAAACUUGGUCAUAAGCCCAUCCCUGUUGCUGAACAGAAGAAGAUCACUUCCUACAAGUCAUGCUCCAGUCCAUUCUUUGACCCAGGCUGUUUAUCCUUGGAUGAUGGAAGGACAGUAGCCUAUCCUGAAGAUAUUCCCAAAGAUGUCAGUGUCUUCAUUGUGGCCCUCCUUGACAUUGUCCUGGAAGUCCUGAUGAAAAUGAUGGAAGACUAUCAAGAAAUGGCUGAGAAGGUUAAUGUAGCCUCUGAAACCUUGGUAGGUUGGGGUGUUGAUUGCAUACCUUUGCCAAAGGGUGGGCCUUCACUCCAAGUUUCUCAACUUAGGAGUCCACAGCUUCAGCUCUAUCAGAACCUCGAUGUAGCCAAGAAGUUGUUUGAGACAAAGGCAAAAGCGAAGGAUAUGAAAGCAGAAAUCCUAAAAAGUCUUGAUCAUUCUGAGCUGGAUGAGGAUGAUCACCUCCCUCACAUGUGAUGUUUUUAUUUGAAGUUUUUUUCUAAUCCAUGCAUUUCCAGACUUGGGGAAUGCAUGAAUCAUGCAGGCCAC